GUUGAUGACGUCGAAUAUUUGCGACGAGCAGCUCAAGUAAACUCGUACAGCGUGGAACAGCAGAUUUAGAAUAGUACCGCGGAGCGGAGUAAACUGUACUAGUUUCUACUACUGUUUUGUGUUCAUUCAAACGUUUCUAGAUUGUUCAAUCGCAAGAUGGCAUCGUCACUGCCGCAGAAGCGCUAUUAUAGGCAGAGAGCGCACUCUAAUCCAAUGGCGGACCACACGUUCGAUUACCCAGUGUGCCCAGACAAGAUGGACUGGUCUGAGCUCUACCCAGACUUUUUCAGCCCGCCAUCCCAGUCAGAUCGCCAUGACGACGAGGCGGACCAAUCAGAGAAGAGGAGAGAGGAGGCACGGGUGGAGUUUGCCGACAUUGGGUGUGGAUACGGAGGGCUUCUGGUGGAGCUCGCUCUGCUGUUCCCUCAGAAGCUGAUCCUGGGUCUGGAGAUCCGGGUUAAGGUGUCAGAUUAUGUGCGGGACCGGAUCCAAAGCCUGCGGGCUGCCCAUCCGGGCCAGUACCAGAACAUUGCCUGUCUCCGCAGCAACGCCAUGAAAUAUCUGCCGAACUUCUUCACUAAAGGCCAGCUCAGCAAGAUGUUCUUCCUGUUCCCGGACCCCCACUUCAAGAAGACGAAACACAAGUGGAGAAUCAUCAGUCCCACGCUGCUGGCAGAGUACGCCUACACACUGAGAGCAGGGGGCCUGGUGUAUACGAUCACAGACGUGGAAGAUGUGCACCUUUGGAUGGUGAAGCACUUCACGGAGCACCCGCUGUUCGAGCGUGUCACCCCAGAGGAGCUGGUUGAUGACGUCAUCAUUGAUCGCCUGGGUACCUGUACAGAGGAGGGGAAGAAGGUCCAGCGAAAUGGUGGGAAAAACUACAUGGCCGUCUUCCGCAGAACGGAGGACUCGGAGACGCAUCGAGCAGCUGAUCUGCUGACCGGUUCCCAGUCUGCAGGAAAGCAUAAAUCUACGGAAAACUGAGCCUCGGGAAACUCAGAAGUAUGGAAGUUUGAAAUGAGAUACCUGACAUCAGAGUCUAAAACUGUCAACCCGAGAGUUCAUUUAUCUACAUUCUUUGGUGUUAUUUUUUUACUGUCAUUUUUUAACGUGCUGGUUCACUGAUGGGACUUCAUCUGCAGCUCUGCGUUGAGUCAGUGGAGGUGAGCACACACACCCCUCCUCCGGGGGCAAGUUGACACCGACCUGGGGUCACACAGGAGAAAAGGAUUCCCCCACUUUCAUGUGGUGGGGAGAUAGGGGGCUCACUGGUGUCACUACAAAAAGUGUCAUUUACAAUUAAAAUCUAGUGAUUUAUGCCAGAUUCAUUCCGAAUAAUUACCCCCAACCUCUUCCCCCAAUCAAUUACCUUAUUGUCCAUGCAAGGGGUUUCUUGGGACAUGCAGUGCUGAGUUUAUUUAGGUUGCUAGGGUCCUUAAUGCACAAUGUCACCUCAGAUUUUUAGGCGCUGCGGCAUGAGACUUCAGCCCCAGGUUCUAGCAGUGCGCUGGGACAGUGCUACAACACUGCUGCACGAGAGAUUCUCAGGCCCUGGAGUUGACUUCACUGUGUACAACUUAAGCAGUAACUGUGAUUUUUUUUUUGCUGAAUAAAUAAUGACAAUUAUUAUGAAAAAGAA